AUGGUGGCCACCACCUCUGUGCGCGGCACCCUGACGCCUCCGGGGCCGGGCGAACCUGAUGUUGAGGACAGCAAUGUUUCUAGUCCUCUGACUGAAGUUGAAUACGGCGAGGCUAAUGACGAGGAUAUUGGGCACAUGCAUAUGGGCGCCCGCAGCAAUGACGCCGACGACUCCAAUGCCAGCGGGGAUGACCAGCCUGAGGCCGACACCAAGAACGGCGCAUCUGACUCCGAAAGCGCUCUGUCCGACGCCCAUUCUGUCGAUCAUUCAGAGGCCAAUGAUACCGAGGCCGAAACAGAGAGGCUCUACGACACACCGCGAAACCGACGACGACGAGACGUGGUAGUUGACCAGUACAACCAAGGCCAGACCUUCGAACACACGCCUAGCAAGCUACGAAGCGCCUCCAGGUUGAUUGACGAUAAUGAUAAUAACCGCGACGACGAGUCGCUGUCGGCCGACGAUGCGUCAGUGGCCUCUGGCGACGAUUCUCCUACGAAGCCCUUCGCCAGCAAAAACACUAGUGCCGACGGCGAGGGCAAACGAGACUUGCAAGAGCGGAAAAGAAAGCGUUCGCCUAUGGGAGACCAGUCCGAGUCAGAUCAGCCGCUAAGAAAGCGACUGACUUCACUCGGAGCCGCCGAGACUGGUGCGGAUGGGGAUGCCUCCAUUGACGACGACGAUACAACGCCGGCCAUUUUUCCCAGUGGGGACCUAUCUCUCGGCGAAGAAGACGAUGUUUCUGCGGAAAAUCAAGAUGCACCCACCGACGGUGAGCGCCCGGAGAAGGGGACUCGAGUCUCCAAAAAAAUUACGCGAAUCGGCUCGAAGAGCAAGGGCGGCUCGGGUGAUAUUUCUCCCAGUGAUACGCCAGGUCCCGAUACCAACGGAGAACAAAUUGACAUUGCGGAAGAUGAAGAUGCGGAACAAAGGAAUCAAGACGUCGAGGUCGAUGCAGACGAGGCUGAUUUGGCGGCCAAAAGCAUCGAAGAGGCCGAGAAAAAGAAUGCCGCUUUCAAGGAUUGGUCUCAUAUCGAGGAAAUGUUCUGCUUAUUUAGAGACAGACUAUACAAAGACCGUCUACAAAGACUCGAGGAGGAAGAGCAGUCAUUACUUGCACCCGUUCCGACUCACCCUGAGUAUCUCAAUAUGAAGCAAUGCCUAGAUGACCGAUUCGACAAGAGAGUACGAGAGAUAAACCACGAACUCGUCUUUCGAAUAGAGGCCCACGAACGACGUGCUGUGGCGGUACGAGCCCAAGUUUGGAGCCAGUAUUUCCAAGCCGUUCGAGAAAAACGCGAGGCGGUACUGGAAUCACUCAACCGCCAAUGGUACGAGGUUCAAACGGCGAGAAGGACUGCCCAUAGCCUCCCAGAUUAUGGGCUACUAUUUCCCAAAGAUCCCGUGCAACGAGUACGAAACGCCGUUGCGUACAACACAGAAGUCUCGACUUUGGCUGGGAUUGCCAAAUAUGAGGGUUUCCCUGCCGGUCCUGAACUGAAAGGGGCCUCGGUAGCAGAGGUGGACGCUGAUUUUGCCGCCAUCGAGUCCGACGGAGCAGGCAAAAAAGUGUGGCUCAACUGA